AUGGUCUCCCGGGUCCCCUGCUCUGCCGUGGCCUCCCGAGUUCUCUACAGUAACACAGAAAUGUCCAGCAUGUUUCUGAUCAAGUCCAGCCUGAGGUCUCUGUGUCAGUCGAUCGAGUACAGCUCCAGGACCAUCUACCUCUGCUGGCAUUACCUGAGCGACGCCGUCCGAGAAGGGAAGAACCAGUAUGAGAAGGCUUUCGGCGUGAACUCCAAAGACCUGUUUGAAGCCAUGUACAGGUCUGAUGAGGAGAUGGUGAAGUUUAUGCACCUGAUGAACUCCAUCUGGAACAUCUGCGGCUGUGACGUGAUCACAGCGUUCGAUCUGUCGCCGUUCAGAUGCAUCUGUGAUCUCGGAGGCUGCAGCGGCGCUCUGGCCAAACAGUGUGUGUCAGCCUUCCCCGAAUCAACCGUCACCAUCUUUGACCUUCCCAAGGUCGUGAGAAAAUCCCAGCAGCACUUUGUGUCCAAUCAAGACGAGCGGAUCUGCUUCUGUGAAGGAGACUUCUUUAAGGACGAGCUCCCGCAGGCCGAUCUCUACGUUCUGGCCCGGAUUCUGCAUGACUGGACUGACCAGCGGAGUGUGGAGCUGCUGGCCAAGAUUUACCAGUCCUGUAGACCAGGGGGAGGUGUGCUGCUGGUGGAAGCUCUGCUGUAUGAGGAUAACAGUGGUCCUCUGACGGCGCAGCUCUACUCUCUGAACAUGCUGGUGCAGACGGAGGGUCGCGAGCGCAAGGCUUCAGAUUACAGUCGUCUGCUGAGCGCCGCCGGAUUCACACACAUCCAGAUCCACAACACCGGCAAGAUCUACGACGCCAUCCUGGCCCGCAAAUAAACACACACCGUGUGUCAGGAAGCCAUAGACAAGGGCUUUUGUUGUUCAGAAAUAUUUUUUACAUUUUUAAUGACACCUCCGUCUGUUUUCAGGCUUUAACUGAUGAAUACCGUGUUUUACCUGUUGUUCAGGUAGGAGAGCUUGGAUCGAGCUUUUACUCUUCUGAUUUACUCCUGAAAUCUGCAUAAAAAUGAUAUAUAUUUUUUAAAAAGUUAAAUAAAAC